AGGGCGUCUCUCCCGGGCAGCGCAGGGCCGCGCAAAAGCCGCGUUGCACGCACUGUCAGUUCUCUUCAGUUUCGCUCGGAUAUCCGUGCAACGAGUGACCUUCGUGCUGAUCCGACGUCGGAGCGUCUGCCGAUAAUCGUCCGAGAUCGUUCCCUUAUCGAGGGGAUCGGCCGCGUGUCGAGACCGGCCGGAGACACGCCUGUCGUCCCGAUGGGAAAAAAGGAUGCGUGCUUCUUUUACGAUACGUUCGUUUUUCCUCGGGAUUGAUUUCUGUCUCCCUAAUGUCGAUUUUCGCAUCGAGAAUAAAAUUGCAGCAGAAUUAAAUAGAGCGUGUAAGAGACAGUGAAUUUUGAGAUUCGAGUCUUGUAUUUAUAUCGCGAGAGAGAGGGAGAGAAAUCCGAAGAUAUGAUUUCGUAUUUCGAAUGACACGAUGAGCGCGACGAUCAAACGGGCGAUUUCAUCGGGGAUUCGAUAAGAUGAGGGCCGCAAAGGGAUGAGGGAGAGACAAAGAUCCGGAAGGAUGCACGUAUAUCACGCCCCGCCGGUGCUUUUCAAUUACGCGAAUCUAGAUCGCGAGGCUGUUAGCAAAUUAAGCGGGCUCGAGAACGGACUAUGCGGGCUGAACGCGAUGUAGAAAGAGGGAAAUAACGACCGGCACGGCCGUCGCGAUGAGCAAUCGUCUUGCUAUAAAUUCGCAAUUACAAAAUAGGGACGUAACGAUGCCAUGGAGCGUAGAGGCAAGAAAAACCGGGAAUCGUCGAUUUAUCCGAUAAACUCGUCUUGAUUUCGUUUUCCGGCAAUUCCCGUGUGCAAAGUACGCGAAAUUCGCGCGGGCGAUUUUUUUCUACGACCUGCAGAAGACGUUCUUCAGGAUCGAGAUCGGACACAACGGCACACACGAGGAAGAAAUCGACCAGCAUCCCGAAACGACUAUGAGAGAUAAAAAAUGAGGUGCCUAAUCUUAACCCUCGGUCUGCUGGUUUCGGUGCAAGGACCUACCCGUUGCACCGCCGAUCGCAGGAUACACGAGGAUCGCGCAUCAGAGCCGCUCGAUCGAGGACCGUAUUUUGAUGUCUCUGUCUCUCGCAACGUGACAGCCCUCGUCGGCCAGACGGCAAUGCUAAAGUGUCGAGUACGAAAUCUAGGCGAUCGAACGGUGUCAUGGGUGAGACACAGGGAUAUCCAUCUUCUCACCGUGGGCGUCGAGACAUAUACAUCGGACCAGAGAUUCGUCGCGUUACAUUUUCCGCACACGGAGGACUGGGCGCUACAAGUAAAAUACCCUCAACGACGAGAUUCUGGCACAUACGAGUGUCAAGUAUCCACAACGCCGCCCAUAGGUCAUUCCAUGCUCCUUUCUGUCGUCGAGCCUGUGACGAUAAUUAUCGGGGAACCAGAAAUGUAUAUAGACAAGGAUAGCACUAUGAAUUUGACCUGCAUUGUACGACAUAGUCCUGAACCACCAUUUACCAUUAAAUGGACUCACAAUAAUGAGGCGAUCAAUUACGACAGUCCGAGAGGGGGGGUAUCGGUUAUCACGGAGAAGGGCGAAGUAACGACGUCGUACCUUUUAAUUCAACGUGCUCAACCGGCGGAUAACGGACAAUACACCUGCCAUCCCAGUAACGCCAACACAAAAACAAUCUUAGUUCAUGUACUUAAUGGGGAACAUCCGGCUGCGAUGCAACACGGCGGGCAGCUAAGAUUAGCCAAUUUACCUUUUGUAAUGAUCUCAACGACGCUUCUGACCUUUUUGAAUCAUCCUUACUAGACGUAGAAAUGGACCAUUAUAAAUGUUAAUUAGAGAUAUUCCUUUCAAAUUUCUCUUUUUUCACUUCUUUAUUACUUGAUUCUCAAGAAAAGAGCACGAGUGUCUAUUGAAUAUUCCAUGGAUUAAACUUCGUAUGAAUAAUUGAUCGAUAAAAUAAAC